CACAAUUAAGUAUCAAAAUAUUGAGAAAAUGUAUGAAUGAAAUAAAAGUAAAUGCAAGACAACUCAUCAGUGCCGGCUCCGAACAGCUGUUCGGUCGUCUUUCCAUAUCCAAUCAGCUUCUCAUAAAGGUGACGUAUGAGUGUCCUACGUCAGACCAAUAGAGAGAGAGAAGAGCUGAAGCCGACGGAGUUUGAGAGAGGGAGAGAGAUAGGGACAAGAGUGGCCCAUCAAUACUGUGACCAAGCACAGGAGCGCAACACACACCCCUAACUCUAAUCGCAAGCAUCUCGAUUCCGGGAAGUCCUGCAACACCUCGAGCCCUCGGCCACUUUCCCACCUUCACUGAUCAAAACACGGGCGCUAAGGGCCUUUUCUCCGUUUUAAAAGUGGACCUAACACCGCCUUACUUUCUUGACAUGGGAGACAUGGGGGACCCACCAAAAAAAAAGCGUAUAAUCUCGUUGUGUGUCGGCUGUGGGAACCAAAUCCAUGACCAGUAUAUUUUGCGGGUGUCCCCGGACCUGGAGUGGCACGCGGCGUGUUUGAAAUGUGCAGAAUGUAACCAGUACCUAGACGAGUCCUGUACGUGUUUUGUCCGAGAUGGAAAAACUUACUGUAAACGGGACUACAUCAGGUUAUACGGCAUUAAAUGUGCUAAGUGCAACAUCGGUUUCAGCAAGAAUGAUUUUGUUAUGAGAGCACGCUCGAAGGUUUAUCAUAUCGAGUGUUUUAGAUGUGUGGCGUGUAGUCGGCAGCUCAUCCCGGGAGACGAGUUUGCUCUACGGGAAGAUGGACUCUUCUGCAGGGCCGACCAUGACGUAGUGGAGCGGGCAACAAUGGGUGCUGGUGACCCGUUAAGCCCAUUACAUCCGGCGAGACCUUUACAAAUGGCAGCAGAGCCUAUUUCAGCACGUCAGCCUGCGCUUCGACCUCAUGUGCACAAGCAGCCCGAGAAAACGACCCGCGUCCGGACAGUCCUUAACGAAAAACAACUUCAUACCUUAAGGACUUGUUACAAUGCCAACCCUCGACCCGAUGCCCUUAUGAAAGAGCAGCUCGUUGAAAUGACGGGUCUAAGCCCGAGAGUCAUCAGGGUUUGGUUUCAAAACAAGCGCUGCAAGGACAAAAAGAGGAGCAUACUGAUGAAGCAACUUCAGCAGCAGCAACCCAACGACAAAACGAACAUCCAAGGAAUGACAGGAACUCCAAUGGUGGCAACCAGUCCAGAGAGACACGACGGUGGUUUGCAGGCAAACCAAGUGGAGGUGCAGAGUUACCAACCGCCUUGGAAAGUCUUGAGUGACUUCGCACUGCAGAGUGACAUCGACCAGCCUGCUUUCCAGCAACUGGUUAAUUUUUCAGAAGGAGGGCCUGGAUCGAACUCCACGGGAAGCGAGGUCGCCUCGAUGUCCUCUCAGCUGCCAGAUACACCAAACAGUAUGGUAGCGAGUCCUAUAGAGGCCUAGACCAAUGGAUUAUCUCCUGCACCAGAGGUCUAGAAAAGGAUGCGUCGGGGAACCAAUCUCAGAGAGGGGGUCGUGAAGUUUCUUCCAUCCCUAUUUCAUUUAGGGCCACUCCUGAAUAAAACCCCAUCCUCCAACUGCACGAGGCCUCUUUAUCGAAUACUUGGUUGUAUUUAUACACUGUGAUGACAAUCAUGGGAUUUAAACACACUCAGCUGUACCGAGCAAGUCCAACGAGUGCCGAAAAGACCAUUAAUACGUAGAUUAUUGUUGAUGAGCAGUUGCAAACUCCAGCGAAAGUGGACACAGUCGGUGCACGUAUUCACAUGACCAUCACAGUGCCCGCGGCCGAGUGGACCUGAUCGGCUACACUUUUGCCAAAUACCCCAACACAUUUCUUUUCCCACUUUUUUGACAAAUCAAUGGACCUCUACGGAUUUAAGACGCAAAUGAACGUAGUCUAAUAUACAUCCAUAUAGCCUACUACUUGUGCGCAACGUGAGUAGCCUAUAAUGAAUCCAUGACUGUUUAUUUUCUUUCUAUAUGAUAGAUCGAAAUGGACUAGUUCACAAAUAAGUCGUUUUGAAGAGGUUAUGGCAGCCGAGGUCUACUGCGAUUACAGUUUUCUUAUAUGGUCUCUUUUCAAGUCCAAGUACUAAAGCAUUGCAACAAGGUAUACCUCUAUUUUGCCACAAGCUGUGUGGGAAUUUCAUGUGUUUGUGUCCGUCCGAGAACGUUUUCUUUCCCAAAGAUGUGUAUAGGUUUAAGUUAAUAUGAAUGAUUAGAAGGUUUCUUUUUUGUUCCUGUAUUACAAAAUAUUUUAUUAUUUAUUGUCGAAUGACAUGCCACUUUUGUGUACUUUUACUUGCUGAAGUAAAAAAUGAGUAAAAGAAUAUUGUCGGCUCAGAAUGAUCAAUUAUACUUUACGCGUCCUGUCCUUUUAUCAAAGAAUGAUGUAAGAACAACGCCAUAUGUCGAGUUAUCUUCAGGAAAAUUUGAUCAAUAAAAUUUGACGUGAACUGUAAGUGAACGACCG